AUGGCGCAGAAGCGAAUCCAGGAACCUGGUACGCAGCAGCUCCCACGUAUCUUUCCUGAGGCGCCGGAUGCACUUCCCCGCAUCCUCGUGGUUAUGUCCAUCAGCUCCACCAUCCGUGCUAAACCAGCGACUCUUUCUUCUGUUCCUGAUGAGUCUCUAUUAUGGUCGGUCGUAUCCGUCGAUGGCGGCUUCCUACGGCGGCGACUGUAUUAA